AUGACCUUACACGUCCCCUUUCAGCACACGCUGCUGAGCCAGCAGCCCGAUCCGCUGCCCCCAACAUAUCUUAAGGAAGAGACGGACAUGUUCCACUUCCACAACGUUUUCUCCAGUUGCGAGAAGGCGGAUUGCGAAAUCUCCGCUCCGAAGUCCUUCCGUAUUCUGGCAGAGUGGCCACCGGCUCUCCGACAGUCUUUGGAUCUGGACCCAUCGCAACUGGACGCAGUGCAGCAUGCGUUGACCAACCAGAUGGCCUUGAUUCAGGGUCCCCCUGGCACGGGCAAGACCUUUGUUGGGUUGAAGAUCGUGCAGGCAAUCUUGGACAACACCAAACUUCUUCGUCAUUCGCCGAUUCUGGUGGUGUGCUACACGAAUCAUGCCUUGGACCAGUUCCUCGAAGGAAUCUUCAAGUUCUGUGAGAACAUUGUCCGCAUCGGCUCCCGCUCAAAGAGCGAGCAGAUGAUGCGAAGAAACCUCAAGGAACUCGUCAUGAGCGUGCCGUCAUCGAGGGAGUUCUUUCAGGCGCGGAAGUGUUUGACAGAGCGUCGGGACUACCUGCGAGACGAGCUGUCGAAGGCGAUUGUGCAGGUCGACAGCCACACGGUCUCUGCUGCUCAAGCCAAGUCGCUGAUGUCCGAGCAGCAGUUCGAGGAAUUCUACCAGGGUUUCUUGGACUAUUUGGGCGAUGCCAAGGACGACUUUCCAGAGGAUGCAUGGGUGGUGGAUGAUGAGAUCUGGUCGAGAGUCAUGAAGGAGUGGCUCGGAACAAGCGAUCCUUCAAGAUUCGCUCCGGUGCCGAAACAUCAGGGUGGUGGCCUGCCGUCGUUCAAGAAUUUCGGACUCGCGGAAGACAGCGACGACGACGACUACGCACCGUAUGGUUCAAAAGACGAUGGAGACGAAGAGGAGGCGGCGAACGAGAUUUACGAGCGCAAGCUGGAUGUAGACAACGAGCAAACGGAGCAGGUGGAUGAAAAGCGGAAGAGCCGGAUGGAUUUCUUCCAGGAGUUGAACAAUGCCUGGCUGCCCUAUGUGGACGAGUACUAUGAGACCUUGACUCCGGAGAUGCGCAGUUUGGACUGGCGAGAGGAGAACUUGUGGCGGCUGCUGCCGCCGCAACGUCGCGAGUGUUACCGCCAGUGGCUUGUGGAGGCUCAUGAAGAAGCACGAGGUAUACUCCCCGAGCUUGCGCACUUACUGGAACGGAACGCAGAGAGUCGAGCUGCUCUUGACCGAGAUCGAAAGCUGGCCGUUCUACGUGAAAUGCAGGUCGUGGGCAUGACGACCACUGCCGUAUCCAAGUAUCAACAGCUUCUGAAGGAGCUACGGCCCGAGGUUGUCAUCGUCGAGGAGGCUGCUGAGGUAUUGGAAGCUCACAUUCUGACAGCGCUGCAUCCGCGCACACAGCAUGUUGUUCUGAUUGGCGAUCAUCAACAGCUCCGCCCAUCAACAGCUGUGUACCGUCUCUCCAAGAACUUCCACCUGGAUGUGUCAUUGUUUGAGCGCUUGAUCCACAAUGGUGCAGCCCACGUCACUCUUCUUCAACAAAGAAGAAUGCAUCCCAAGAUCUCCAGGCUCAUCAAGCCGUUGUAUCCACAACUGCGCGACCACAGCAGCACGGAGAAGUAUCCCGAGAUUCGUGGGGUUGCUGCAAGAUGCUUCUUCAUGUCCCAUUUUCACCUGGAGGAUGAUGAGGGGGAGAGUCACUCCAAGCAGAACACCUUCGAGGCGAACUUCGUGAGCGCACUGUGCGCACACCUCGUUUCUAGUGGCUACGAGGAAUCACAGAUUACGGUUCUCUCGCCAUACUUGGGACAGGUGCGGCUUCUGAAACGCAAGAUCCAACGUGAUCCGUCUACACAGGGGAUUGCUGUCACGGCCGUGGACAAUUUCCAGGGCGAAGAGAAUGACGUCAUUGUCGUCUCACUCGUGCGGUCAAACAGGGCUCGGCAGAUGGGCUUUCUGGCAGUUGACAACCGCAUCAACGUCGCACUAACGAGAGCACGCCAUGGCCUCUUCAUCAUCGGCAACACAGACAUGUUGGAAAAGCACACCCUAUGGAGCCAGAUUUUGCGUGAGCUGAAGUCGGACGAGUGCUUGGCUGAGACAUUGCCGAUUGUGGACAAGGAGCAGAAGGGGCCGUUUGAAGUAAAGUCGGCUGACGAAAUCAGCGUCUUCCUGGAGAGCAAAGUUCACCAGUCAGGUGGUGAAGGAAUGAUCACGAUCGAUGAGUACAGAAAAUCUCAGGAAGCGACUUCGAGCAAAACAUUCAGAGUCCUGUUGCCGGGCAGACCUCAGAGUCUGAAUCUCUCCUUCAGGUCAGAAAGAAGAAAGGCCAGCCACGCAGCCGAGGCCAGGACGCUUUCGACAGGGUUUGCAAAGUACGAGUACGUUGUAGCAUAA